AUGCGUCUUCUUCCUGAGCCAGCGGUCGCCCAGAUCCUGCGACAGUUAACCCCUACACAAUGCCAUGACCUUCUUGAUGCCAUCUGUGAGGGUCUUACGACUGUAUCUUCAGAGUCCUCCACACCCAGCCAUGAGCGACUCGUCCACCAACCGCUGCGCAGCACCAUCGUCACCAAAGACCAGAACCUCUCUCUCUUCAUGCCCGUGUCCAACACUGUCCACACCGGCUUCAAAGUUGUAACCGCCUCCCAAGCCAACGGCAUCAUUGGCGUCAUCAACAUCUUCUCCCCGGAAGGUAAACUGCAAGGUCUCCUCAGUGCUGCGGAGAUCACAGCCUUCCGCACCGCCUUGGCGGUGAUGUCGCUGUUCAUUCGCUGCACAACCAUCGAGAGAGAGCACAUCUUGAUCUUUGGCUCCGGACGCCAAGCGGAGUGGCACGCUCGACUAGCCCUGCUUCUGGUUCCGGACCAGAUUAAAAGAAUUACAUUUAUUAACCGCGGUCGCCGGCGACUGGAGGAGCUGGAGCGAGAUGCGAUUGCUGAUCUACGGGCUGCUCAUCCCGACAAGACCUUUGCUACGCUGGUCAAAGAAGAUACUCCAGAUUACGAGGAACAGCUACGGGCUGAGUUGGGUGCUUCCGAUGUGAUCUUCAGUUGUACGCCGGCGACCGAGCCCAACUUCCCCUACACCUAUCUCCAGCCGUCCAAGGGGCGGUUUAUCUCUCUUAUCGGCUCGUACAAGCCGCAUAUGCGGGAGAUUGACACCGAGACGCUGCUGUCGGGCGGAGGGAAGGUCUACGUGGACUCGAAGGAGGCGUGUUUGGAAGAGUCGGGCGAGUUGAUUCUGGCGGAGGCGAAAGAGGAUCAACUGAUUGAGAUUGGAGAGCUGUAUGGUAAGAUGGGCAAGGAUGAGUCUAUUGAUGUGCCGGAGGGAUGUAAUGUGGUGUUCAAGUGCGUAGGGAUGGGAAUCAUGGAUUUGGUGAUCGGGAAUAAGUUGUUGGAAGUUGGACGGGCCAGAAACAUUGGUAUGGAAGUGGAUGGGUUUUAA